AUGGCGGCUAGUAGCAAUCGGGUAGCGGCUAGAAUUGAUGUAAAGCAUAAAAUUACGCAUACGUUCGGUGACUUUAGGGAAGAGCUACUCCAUAAACUCAACGAGCUCAGAGAAUCGAAUUCUCUCUGUGAUACAACAAUUCGAGCCGGAGGAAAGGAUUUCCCUGCCCACAGAUGUGUUCUGUCAGCUGCAAGUCCUUACUUCCGGGCCAUGUUUACAAGUGAAUUGGGGGGAAAAGAAAGUAACCUUGUCGAGUUAAAAGAGAUGAAAUCUACCACGAUUAGCGAUGUUCUUCAUUAUAUUUACACCGGUAAAACAGCAAUCGACUCUUCCAACGCGAAAGAUUUGGUCGAGGUUGCUAACUAUUUGACAAUGCCAACUUUGAAAAGGGAAGCUGCAGUUUUCAUCCAGAAUGAAAUGAUGAAUGUUUCCAAUUGUUUAGCUUUAGAAUCGUUCGCUUCUAAGUACGAUUGCCAGCAACUAAGGCAAGCUGCAGUUUCUUUCCGAGCUGAGAAUUUUGUAGACUUCUCUAGAACUGAAGAUUUCACUUUAUUUGAUUCGGAAAAAGUACAAGAACUGAUUUGCAUGGACGAGAUAAACGUGGCUGAAGAAGAGGAAGUGUAUGAAGCAGUGAUGACCUGGGUGAAACAUGAUCUACCAUCCAGAGAGUGCACUCUUCCAGAAUUGUUGAAAUCUGUUAGAUUGUUUUCAAUGUCAAAAUCCAGUCUUCGAAGAAUACUUGAUCAAGAGCUGGUUUCUAAAAGUCUCGCAUGUACGAGGAUUGUAAUAAAUGCGUUGGAUUUGUUCCUUUUCCCAGUGUUGUCGCAUGACAUUUCACUGACACCUCGCUCGUCAUUAAAUAAUUUUGAAGAUGUAGUGGUACUCACACGUUCUGAGCUACCAUCUGAUGAAAAUAAUAAAAGCAAAAUUAAUUGUUUUGUUCUCAGUACUAUGACCUGGGAGUUCCUCCACGCGAUACCUUUCAACAACAACCAUCACGAUACCGCUGUGUGCGGAGGACUCUUGUACGUAGUGGGAGAUUUUGACUCAACUUCAAUGAGUUGUUUCAACCCAAAGCUAAAUAUGUGGAGCACUCUUGAUACAACAUUGACUGGCAAAGACUUUACAGUCACAUCUGUUGAUAAUGAGCUCUUUUUGAUAGGUGGUGAGGAUUCUUGGCGUGAUGUUCAAAUAUACAAUCCAGUUCUUAAAGAGUGGAGACAAGGAGCAUCAAUGAAAGCUGCUCGUGCAGGACAUAAUGCAGUUUUACUUCAAGGACAUAUUUAUGUCAUUGCUGGUCACAAUGGUGAGUGCUGUCAGAACAGUGCAGAGUGUUACAAUCCAUUAACUGACCAAUGGGCUGAGAUUUCAAGUAUGUCUGAUGUUCGAAGGUCAGCUGCUGCUGUGGCAGUUGGUGGAAAGAUUUUAGUUGUUGGAGGAUUUGGUGACAUGUCAUUUCACACUGUAGAGUCUUCCUGUGAGAUAUUUGAUCCAACUGUCAACCAGUGGAGUCUGGUACCUAGUCUAAGUAUUCCUCGUGCUAGAAGUGGUAUUGUGGGUGUAGGAGACACUGUUUAUUUAUUUGGAGGUGAAGAUGAAAAGGAAUCUCAGAGUGAUGUGCAAUGUUUUGAUUUAAAUACAAGUAAGUGGAAUGAAAUAUCAAAUAUUCCAAGUUAUCCUUUUACUGGCAUACGAGCAUCUUUGCUUAAAUUACCCAAAUGCUUUAUGGAAAAUGGUUACAGAAAUCACAUCUCGGAAGGGUAG